AUGGCUCUUAUUGCUUGUACUGGCACUGCCCUCCCUGCUACUCUGCUAGUGCUCGCGGCCGCCGCAGCAGCAACGACGCCAACGCUCUCCGACCCGCUCCUCUCGCUCUCGAUCGGCGGCAAUAGCCUCGUCGGGCCUAUCCCGAGCGCGCUCAGCAACCUGACCGGACAGAUCCCCGAGGAACUUGCAGCUCACCUAUCUGCAUCUGUCCAAUCAUGCAUCACAUCUGACUGGUCCCUUUCCUUCAUUUCUGGGAGGCCUGUCCUACCAGAAUCUUGGAUUCAACCUGCUGACCGGAUUGGCGCCGAUCCCGAGGAAAAUCGGUUGUCUGGCUCCAUACCUGACGGCCUAGCUAACCUCACCAUGUUAGAAGAAUACAUUUCACUCACUGAUAACAAGCUGCCUUCAAAGUUAACCUACCUAAACCUGUCAUUCAACUCAUUCGAGGAUCCGAUCCCAGACUCUUUUCGCCAUUUAACCAACUUGGAUUAUUUGGAUCUAUCCUCUAACAAUCUGUCAGAGGAUGAGCAUGAGCGAUGUGGUUUGGUUGUGAGGCUGAAGAACGCCAGGAAGGAUUACUCUGCUUCCAUCCAGAAUGCAAUGCAACCAGAAGGCUUCGCGACACGUCGACUGUCUUGA